GACGAUCAUUUACACAUUUUAGUAUUUUGAAGGUACUCUCAGUCAUCAUCAUCCCGCUUUUGCAUCUCCAUCAGAGAUAAAGAAACAAAAUGAAGCCGUUAUAAGAUUGAUAACAUGAAGGCAAACGCUCCACCGACGCCAAGCCGUCGCUAACAUCGACAUGCUAACAUCGACAUGGAUAUGGAUUAUUAGAUUUAGGCAGCCUUGAUUUAAAAUCCGAACUUGACCUUUCGUCUUCACUCUUCCAGCUGUCCGACCAGAGUUUCGACUCUCACCUUCGUUAUAAUAGACUGCAAUUAGUUGUCGCUUACUUUCUUUAUAUAAUCAUCUCGUCAGAAUCGCAAAUUAGCACUGGUCCCUCUUUAUCCAGCAAAACCCAACUGUUCAGAGGCAGUAAACGCUACGAAUAUACGUACAGCGUCUUAUACCUUUGAAGCGACGUAGAAUAGAGUAGGCUCUCACGAUGGCAGGUAUCGUAGGCAGCCAGAGCGACAGCACGUGCAAUACGCACAACGCCCUGCGCAACAUAACCUCCUACGCCUGCGGCGUGACUUUCGGGUUCAAGAGCACUGCGGAUCCGCCGCCGGACAUGCAUUACGGGGUGGUGUCUCUGAAGGAAUGCUGCGACAUGGCGAACCGCCCCCUGAUGCGCAUACCGGGCAACACGGGCUGCGAGAUACAGUUCUGCGAGCUGCCCGAGAGUACAACCUCUACUACUCAGACGGUCUACUACGCCUACGCUACGGGCUCCGGUACCGCCGCCGCGACGCCGCCACCGUACGUCACAGAAGACGUCCAUAUCGGGCCACCCGGCGACGUCGAGUCUUGCAUGCGCUUCGUCUACGAGCGCGACGUGCCCGAGAACAUCGCCAAGGACAUCGCUUUCGCGAGCAACUGGUGUAUCGUUCGUAUGUACGACGACGAGCUACCCGAUUCUGAAGUAUCUGCUGCCGUGACGGCCAGCCCUGCGCCCCCGAGUUGGACGACCGCGGCGAUGGACCCGUUUGAUGUCUACUUCUCGACUAAAAGCGCCGCCGAGGCGAGCGCGACCGCGGCUCCUAAGUCGACGAGCGACGGGCCCAAGAGGUAUGCCGAGCAGAGUACGUUAACGGGGGUCAAGAUAUGGGCGGUUGUCGCGCUGGCGACGCUUGGCCUUGUUGCUGCAUUGUGAUUUUGACUGAAAGACGCAUAUAUAUAUAUAUAUAUAGGUAUAUAAGGAAUAGUUACCAUUCUUUAGUGCAUAAUACUCAUGAC